CCCAUAAGCAGCGCCUCGCGGGACCUCUGCCAAAGACGUCGCCAUGGCCGGCCGAGGCCACGGUUCCGCGCGCGCCCUGCUGGCGUCCGCGCUCUUAUCGCUGUUGCUGUCGCCAGCGCGGAGCUACGGCGGCCAGAACCACGGGGACUGGGAAAACCCCACGCCAAUGCCGCCGCUGCCACCCCGCGAGGACGCGGCUCGCGUGGCCCGCUUCGUGACGCACGUCAGCGACUGGGGUGCGCUGGCCACCAUCUCGGCGCUGCGGGCGGUGCGCGGCCAGCCCUUCGCCGACGUGCUCUCGCUCAGCGACGGGCCGCGGGGCGCGGGCAGCGGCGUGCCCUACUUCUUCCUAUCACCUCUGCAGCUCUCCGUCCGCAACCUGGAGGAGAAUCCACAUGCCUCACUGACCAUGUCUUUGGCGCAGACUGACUUCUGCAAGAAGAAUGUGUUUGAUCCCCAGAGCCCCCUGUGUGCUCAUAUAAUGCUUUCCGGAACUCUGACCAAGGUGAAUGAAACAGAAAUGGACUUUGCAAAGCAUUCAUUGUUCAUUCGUCACCCCGAGAUGAAAACCUGGCCUUCCAGCCAUAAUUGGUUCUUCGCUAAGUUGAAUAUAACCAAUAUCUGGGUCAUGGACUACUUUGGUGGACCCAAAAUAGUGACACCUGAAGAAUAUUAUAAUGUCACAAUUCAGUGAAGCACAGUGGUGACUUGAACUUCCCGGGUGAAAUUUCUCAGGACGGCUCACACGCACUGAAAGGGCCCAGUGUCUCAUGGGCAUUUCCCAGAGAGUUACUCAGUUUUCUCUCAUGCUGGUUAGUUUGCUUGCUUGCUUACAAAAUAAUUUUGGAUUCUCCUGGAUUUCUUGGAAAAAUGUGACUGCUCAGUUCCUUCUUUUUUUUUUUUUUUUUCAUAUUUUGAACCCAUUUGCAUAGAGAAAUAUCUUUAUAAUCAAAGAAGUUUUGUUUUAUUAGUUCAUUUUUUCAGUGGUGCCCUGUAAAGAGCAAGUACCAGAUUUAGAUCAUCCAUUGGCUCUUGGAGGUGCUUGAUUCCUGGCAGAUACCCUGCUGGGUGCCCCCUCCUUGCCCCAGAUGCCCCCGAGCUGUGAGACUGUGGGGUAGAGGGCGGCCUCAGGGAGAUACGGGGUGCUCAGACAAUUCUGUGUAUUGUGGAUCCAACAGAGGGCAAAACUAUUUCUUAUAAGGAACUUUCUAAGCUUUUUACAUUCUAAAGCCAUACUUACCUAGAACACAAGGUGUUUGUAUAACUCUCUGUAUAAUCAGCCUCUUCCAUUCAAAACACGUCCAUUUUUUUUUUCCCAAAAUGGGAUUACAAAAGAAAGAGGACAGAGGUUUUUGCCUGUUUCUGAUUUUCUCUUCUAAGUAGUCGUAUGGACCAGCUUCAGCCAUAGCCAAAAUUCCCCUCCUCAACUGCUCUCCACAGCUUUUUAAAUACUAACUCCCGAUAAGGACCUCAGCCUUCCUCAACUACACGAAAUCUGUAUGGCUCCUACUGUUUCUGCCACCUAAAUCAGUUUUCUGUGGGAAGAUAAUAUGGCAGUUAAAAAGAGCACAUUUCAGAAGAGAAGGUACCCUAGUUUUACACCUUUGUACAUGAUUUGAAGAUGUAUGAGAGUCAAAGUGUUGAGAAUUAAGCCACUGAAUCCUUACGUGGAAAAGAGAAAAGUCAGAUAUGAGUCAUCAUGUUUGAAAACUAGAGGAUGAAUUUAAAUCUAGCAGACAGCUUAUGUUUAAGAAAAGUGGUGUACAUUCAAUUUAGUAAAAUAGGCUUCUUAUUCAAAGCAUCAAUAAUUCCAUGAUAAAUGUAUUCAUGUAUCACAGACAUGUACUAAUAUAAAAAACUAAGAAUCUGUGAUUAAAAGCAUUAUUUAACAGAGCA